AUGUCCGAUCCAAAGUCCGGUUAUCUGCGCGAGAUCUACGUCGGCGGUCUCAGCGGCACCAAGCCUCAAACCACCGACCUCAGACUCCUUGAGCAGCAAGCCAAGGCCAAGAUCCCAGCCGAAGCCUACGCAUACGUCGCGGGCAGCGCUUCAACUGAGUCCACUGCUUACGGCAACUUGGAUGCUUUCAAGAAAUGGCACAUCGUUCCUUCGAUGCUCCGCAAUGUAUCGCUCGCUGAGUUUGACGGCAGCACUCGUCUCUUUGGCCGAGACUACCCUACUCCGGUUGUAGUCGCACCUAUUGGUGUGCAAGCGCAGCUGCACCCUGAAGAUGCGGAUUGUGCUACCGCACGGGCUGCUGCUGAGCUGGAGAUCCCGUUCACGCUCUCUUCUGCCACCAGUCGAGCUUUGGAAAACGUAUACAAGUAUGCUGGUUUUGCCAAAGGUACCGAGGAAGACGGCGGAAGUGAUGCCUGGUUCCAGCUCUACUGGCCCCAGGAUGAUGAGUUGACGGAAAGUCUGCUCAGUCGUGCCAAGAAGGCAGGCUACCGAGUCUUGGUAGUUACUCUCGACACUUGGAACUUGGGCUGGAGGCCGAGAGAUCUCGACACUGCUUACAACCCCUUCCUCACAGGUCAAGGAGUAGCCAAUGUCUUCUCCGACCCUGUCUUCAUCCGUAAAUACUGCGAGGGCAAAGACCCUCGCCGUUCCGACGCAACCAAGGACGACAUUACCGAAGCCUCAGUUGCCGCCAUUUCUCAACUCUCUCCAGGUGUCUCUCACACGUGGUCCGACCUGGCUCUGCUCCGCAAACUCUGGGGUUCAGACCCUAUCGUCCUCAAAGGCAUUCAGUCCGUUCCCGAUGCUGCACGAGCCAUUGAGGCAGGCAUGGAUGGUGUCUGGGUCUCCAACCACGGCGGUCGACAGGUCGAUGGUGCCGUACCUUCGCUCAACCAGCUACCCGCGAUUGCCAAUUAUAUCAACUCGCUGCCACGCAGGCAGGACGAGGAAAAGAAGACGGUCAUCUUUGACUCGGGAGUGAGGUGCGGUGCGGACAUUAUGAAGGCGCUGUGCUUGGGAGCGGACGCGGUGGCUAUCGGCAGGCCUUGGUGUUGGGGUCUGGCCGUCAACGGAGAGGAUGGCGUCAGAGACGUAUUGAAGACGCUCUUGGCGGAUUUCGAGUUGAACGCCGGCUUGGCGGGAUACCAGUCCGCCAGGGAGCUCAACAGCCAGGCACUCAUCAGGGCCGAUGGCAAGAUCUAA